UUACUGUGAAAUGGGGAAAGGAGAAAUUUGAAGGUGUAGAAUUGAAUACUGAUGAACCUCCGAUGGUGUUCAAGGCUCAGCUUUUUGCACUGACUGGAGUCCAGCCGGCCAGACAGAAAGUUAUGGUGAAAGGAGGAACACUGAAGGACGAUGAUUGGGGAAACAUCAAAAUGAAAAAUGGAAUGACUGUACUAAUGAUGGGGUCAGCAGAUGCUCUUCCUGAGGAACCCUCAGCUAAAACUGUCUUUGUAGAAGACAUGACAGAAGAACAGUUGGCAUCUGCUAUGGAAUUACCAUGUGGAUUGACAAACCUUGGCAAUACUUGUUACAUGAAUGCUACAGUUCAGUGUAUUCGUUCUGUGCCUGAACUCAAAGAUGCCUUAAAAG